AAACGUGCCUCACGUUAAAUUAGCUUAAUCUGAAUGUAAUCAUCCACACGUCUGACUCUGUGACAUCUACAUGUCUGGUGUGGAGCAGGACUGGGCUGUGUUUGGUGUGUUCACUGACUUGCUGACACACAUCCAGGGGAAGCAUGUCGGGAGCAGCUCUCCGGUUGAUCCGCUGUCGGAGGCUGAGCACCGCUGGGCCGCCCGGUGUGAAGAAAGUCCUGCAGUGGAAAGACUUCAGGAAAGUUGCUAAAGUGACUGGAGCCGUUGUGUUGGGGGGCUGUCUGUUUAUUACUUACGAGGUGGUAGCCUUGGAUAAGGCUGUAAGCAUUGACACUAGUGCAAUUCUUCAGGAAAAAUAUAAGUCUUACAUCUACCUGAAAGCCACUCCGUCAGAUGAAAAGGACAACCUAGCUGCAGGACUUACACACAAAGCAAGGAGGGAACUUCAUAAAGCAGCAAGACGGUUUCUGGAAAUAUCCUCGAGGCUUUUCCUGCGAUCCCUCGAUGAACACUUCACCAAUGUGGAUGCAGACCCACAUGAAGUGGCGUUAUGGGUCCUGCUGAAGAGGACGAUGUCGGCCAAUAAAGCCGUCAGACUUCAAGCUGUGCAGGAGCUCGCAGAUAAUCAUCACUGGCAUGAUUACCAGUACCAGACAGCAGCCCAGGUUAUUGACCAGCAGACAGCAGUGGGCCUGGCCCGAACUCCGCGGGUGGACCUGCGGUUCUUCCGACACCCUCCUGUGCUGCGUGACUUGGAGGAUGGUUUGUCAGCAGAGGAUGAACUGAGGCAGCUGUUGGCGUCUCUGCCUCAGUCUGAGGUGGACAAAUGUGUUCAGUACUUCACCUCAAUGGCCCUCAGAGAGAGCACGCAGUCCAUGGCAGCACAAAGGGGUGGUCUGUGGUGUUUUGGUGGCAAUGGGCUGCCUUAUGCACAGAGCCUCACAUCUGUUCCCUCUGAGAAGGUGGAGUCCUUCUGUCUCCAGGCACUGGUCCAACACUCAAAGGUACAGAGCCACUGUGACCACAUAGUUGCCAAUGGGGGUCUACAGCUGCUCCAGAAGGUUUAUCAGCUCAGGAGAGACUCCCUAAAGAUUCAGAGGAACAUUGUUCGUAUCAUAGGAAACUUGGCACUGAAUGAAGGCGUCCACAAGGCCAUAGCCCAGUCGGGCUGGGUGUCUGUGCUGGCUGAGAUGAUGCAGUCUCCUCAUGUGAUGCAGGCGUCUCAUGCAGCUCGCGCUCUGGCCAACCUGGACAGGGAGACCGUGAAAGAGAAGUACCAAGACGGUGUCUAUGUCCUCCACCCACAAACACGUGACAUUCAGCCAAUCAAAGCAGACGUGCUGUUCAUCCACGGAAUUCUAGGAGCAGCUUUUAAGACGUGGAGACAGAAGGACCGCAGUACGUUGGAGGAAGAGGCUGAGAGCAAAGAAGACUACACAGAGUGCUGGCCGAAGUCAUGGCUGGCUGCUGACUGUCCAAACCUGAGAGUGCUGUCAGUGGAGUAUGACAGUCAUCUCAGUGACUGGAUGGCCAAGUGUCCUGCUGAGAACCAGAGGAAGUCUUUGGCCUACAGAAGUCGAGAGCUGCUGAAGAAGUUAAAGCAGGCAGGAGUUGGAGAGAGGCCUGUGGUCUGGGUAGCCCACAGUAUGGGAGGCUUGCUUGUGAAGAAGAUGCUGCAGGACGCCUCAGAGGAUCCAGACAUGCAGGGGCUGUUACAGAACACCAAGGGCGUUAUGUUUUACAGUGUACCUCAUCACGGCACCUUUAUGGCAGAGUACUCAGUCAACGUCAGAUAUCUCCUCUUUCCCUCGAUAGAAGUCAGAGAACUCUGUAAAGACUCACCAGCUCUUCGCAACCUAAAUGAGAACUUCCUGAACAUCGCAAAAGAAAAGGAAUUCAAGGUCCUGAGCUUUGCAGAGACGCUGCCAACUACCAUUGGUCCCAUGAUCAAGAUACUAGUGGUACCAACACAGUCAGCAAAUCUUGGCAUCGGGGAGCUCAUUGAGGUGGACGUAGAUCACCUCAACAUCUGUAAGCCAGAGAAGAAGGACUCGUUUUUGUACAAGCGCAGCCUCCAGUUCAUCCAGGAAGCACUGCAGAGCUUCAUCAGCCACUGAUCGAAACCCAUCAGCAGGCAAACACGUACACAACCUACUGUAUACUUGAAAUGUGGAAGAGCACAACCACCCCCCCAAAACCAAAAGGACACACAACUGCUGCACAGUGACAUGGACAACCACUGAUGUGAUUAUCGUUAGUGACAUGACGUUUAUUUUACACACUAAUAUUAUGAGAAGUUGUGAUAAAGAAACCUUUGUGCAGAUUUAGUUGUCCUAAUCAUCCUCUUACUUUUGGAUCUCUCACUAGUUCGUUAGAUGAGUUUUAAAGAUCGUUUGCAUUUUUUAAAAACAUAAUUACUAUGUUUACAAGUAAGUUCUAAUGAAGAGAAUUUAUUCAAGAUUUUGUUUAACUAUAAUUGUUCUUUCGUUUUAGACAUAUCAGUUUAACACAGGAUGCAGACUGUUUGUAUAUUUACUGAAUGAUGCACUGACAUUUCAUUUCCACUUGUACUCCUCAGUACUUCUGACCAGAGCAAUGGUUUAAAAGUGUAUUUUUAUAUUCAUGUAUCUUAUUCUGACAACAGUAUGACGGUCAUAUUGUGUGCCAAAACGUAUUCCUCCCUAAGCCUUACCUCAAGUGGGCCUGAAUUAAGGUAUUAGUUCAGGUUGGUUUAUUUAUUUAUAUAUAUAUAUAUAUAUAUGGGCUGAUCAAGCAAUUGAUCUUUAAUCUCCAUGUGCUUGCAACUGCCACUAGCAAUGCUGAAUUCUGGCAAUGAACUCAAUAAACGUGUAAAAUUGGAAA